UUUCACCGAAUUUAUGUUCGAAGAUUUUUGACCGAAAGCUCCUGCGUCGCGGUAUCCAUACGUUUUCAGCUUUGUUUAAUUGUUUUUAACAUUCAACUAUGUCCAUUCAUUGAACUUCGUGAAUUACUCUGUACGUCUUUUGCCGAGUUUAUCAUUCUAGUUUCGCCUGUUGACGUUAUUCGUAGUUCAGCUCGUGACAACAAGUUCCGUAUUAGUCCCGCCUGUCAUCUCUGCAAGCCCGGUCUUGAAUCCAUUUGUUUCAGGUUCGACAUACUGUUGGUAUGUUAUUACAAGCGUCUUUUUCUCUUUGUGGUAGCGGUGAAUGAUCAAAUGAAACAAGUCCUUCUCUUGCAUUUAUCAAAUUAGAUCAGCAAUGGAUUUUUCAAUUGAUUUUCAUGGCGAUAGUGAGCUUGUGGCCAAGCAACUUGACCCAGUAAACGAGGACUUAUUUAAUAGUGAUUCAAUAGUAGAGAAGGAACUCCAAGAAGCAAUGGAAUCCUUGGCAGAUGGCACUAAUGCUGUUGCAGAUCCUGUUGUCGAUGAUGUCAUUUCUUCGAUUCCCCUCCCUAAUGGAACUGACGGUCUUGAAGAUAUUCUUUCCGAUGAAGACUAUGGUGUUGAACCAGAAGAGACAGGCAAAUUCUCCAGUGAAGCAUUAGCCUCUGAGGCAGCUGAAGCCCCUGAAGAAGCUGGAACCUCUGAGGAAGCUGUCGUUGAGGGUUAUGAGGAGAAUAUCCCAGAAGAAGAUACUGUACAGAACGAUAAUGGAACUGAUAAAGCUCUAGAGUCUGAACAGGAGGUACACUCAGAGGAAAAGGCAGAAGAAGGAAAGAGCAAUCUUCUAGAAGAUUCUAUGCUAAAAGAGCCCAUAGGAGAGUUAGAGACUGAAGUGGCGAAUGAACCCUCACUCAAAAAAUCUCCAAGAAGCAAAAAACCAAAGGCAGACAAGUCUGCAGAUGAAAGCAAUGAAGAAUCACCCCAGAAAGUUUCACCAAGAGCCCGAAAAAAGCCAGGUGAGUCUGACCGCGAACAAACAGAUGAUGAUUCUAAAUCUGAAUCAACCUCACCAAAGAGAGUCGCUUCUAAAAGUAAGAAAGGAAAUGUUCAGAAGUCAGGAGAUGAAAGCAGCAUAGAAUCACCGCGAAAAGUUUCGCCAAGAGCCCGGAAAAAACCAGUUAAGCUCGCCAGUGCAGAUGAGUCUGGGGAAGAGAGCAGUGAGCAGUCACCGCAGAAAAUCUCUCAGCGGGUGCGGAAAAAACCUGAAAAGCUGGAGUAUGAGGAUAGCCCCAAGAAAAGCUCUAGAGAAUCAGAUAGUCCUGCCAAGAGGGGCAGACCGAGAAAGGAAAUAACCUCCGAGUCGGAUAAGGUUAGCUCUGACUCAGAUGUGCCAUUGUCGAGAAAGAAGAAACGGGCAUUGGCUGGCAGUGACAGAGAAUCUGUGUCUAGUUCUAAAACAAGCUCUAUGCUUAAGAGCAGAAAUGAAAAGAGGAAAAGGACCAGUGGCAGUGAAACAGAUGACACCACCCAUUCACCAGUCAAAAAGUCGAGCAGAUUGUCUAAUGGUCGCACUCGGGAAAGUAGUAGUCCGAUACAAUUUUUGUCUCCAGAAGAAGCCCUUGAAGUCUCACCUGUCGUUCAACUGGGUCCAAAAGUUGAAGGCACAAGUGCUUCGUUCAAUGAAACUGCUAAAAGAAACGGUUCAAUCUCUCCACCAAAGCCUAGCGCCACCAUUAAAGCGACUAAGUCCAAAAAGAGCAAGUCCACGUCGAAAGAGGUUGAAUUACCCUUAGACAAGAACGACAAGCUCAUAGAGAAACUGAAGGGUUACGUUUCGAUGUCUGGUCACAGAAUCCAGAACUACAAAAAUUUUUGGCAAGACUGCCCCACAAGACAGAUGAAAAUCAACAAACUGAAAAAAUUUCUGAUAGAGCAUGGAGUGAAAGUUGAAGGAAGAUGGAAUAAUAAAAAGGUGAUAAAAGCAAUAAAGAAAAAAAAACUUGCUGAUGAAGUUGCAGCAUUAAACUGCAAUGUCAUCAUAUCAAAGGGUCGUUCUCUACGAACCAGACGGUCAUUCUGGGAUCUGUCAGAGCCAGAGGACAGGAGCCUCAACUCUUCUAGUCCCCCAGCCUCAGAACAAAAGUUAAUGAUAGGUAUAGAUAGUGUUUCCAAUGAUUCUAAUCUAAACAUUAAACGUAAGAAAAGCAGUGCAGUGAUAUCAAGUGAAAGUUUAAAUUCUUUGACUGAAAAGAGACAAAAGAAGGUUGUCAAAAAGAAAAGAAAAGUUUCUCCUGAAUUUUCUGAUGAAGAAACCCUUCUUUCCGCAGCUAGUGGAUCCAUGAAGCAAGGAAAAGCAAUCUAUAUUGAUUCUGACUCUGAGUCUGAUACCCAAGUCAAACGUAGACUUUUUGUAGGAGGAAACAAUUCUAAUCAGUCGGAAGAAGAGGCUGAAUCUGAGGAAGUAUCAAUCAAAGGAGAUACCGAAACGGAAAUAGAAUCAGCGCAAGAGGGGGACAAAAAAUUAAAGUCUACCAAGAAAACCAAAGGAAGGAACAAACCACUCGAAUGCUUAGCUCCAAAAUCGCAGACAAAGAAAAAUUCAGAUGAAAGUGAGAAAAUGGAAUCGAAAGAUUCUGAAACCUGCUUGAAUAAAAAGAUCAAGUCAAAUACAUCUGAGAAACUUGAAGACUCAGCCUCAGAUUUUGAUUCAGGAUCAGAAUCUCGGAUGAAGUCUCAGAAAAAAAGUAAAGUGAAAAGGCAAAGUUCAAAAACUGUUUCAAAAGUACUUUCAAACCCAAACAAACAGUUGAAUAAAGUAAAAAAACCAAAUGGCACUGAAUCUUAUUCAGAAUCUGAGAGUAGCGAUUCAGACUCCAUGCCUAUUGCCAAGAUGAAGCCCAAGAAGUUAGGAAAAAAGGCAGAAUCUGUUGAUAGUGACUCAGACUCUAUGCCUAUCGCCAAGAUCAAGUCUAAGAAGCUGAAAGCUAUUGAUAGCGGUUCAGAUUCCAUGUCUGUUGCAGAAGUAAAGACUAAGAAGCUGAAGAAAAGACAAGAAAUUAUUGAUAGUGAUUCUGGUAUGAUGCACAAAGCAGAAAUCAAGUUGAAGAAGCGUACCAAGAAACCAAAAACCAGUGAUAGUGAUUCAGAUUCUAUGUCCAUUGCUAAAAUUAAGGCAAAGAAGCUGGAAACUAUUGAUAGUGCUUCCAACACUGUGUCUAUUAAAGAUAAGUUCAAGAAACUCAAAAAGAAAUCAGAAACCAUUGACACUGAUUCUGAUUCUGAUUCUAUGUCUAUCGCAGAAAUCAAGUCAAAGAAGGAGAAAAAUAUUUAUAGUUAUUCAGACUCUAUGUCUACUGCAGAUUUGAAGUCCAGAAAACUUAAAAAGAAACCAGAAACCGUUGAUAGUGAUUCUGAUUCUGACUCCCAGUCACUAGCACAAAUCAAGUCAAAGAAGCUGAACAAGAAACCUGAGGCAUUUGUCGUAAGUCCUAGUGCCCAUAAUACUGCAAAAGCUAAAGUGCAACACAGGAAGAAAAAACCAAAAAACACUGAUUCAGACUCUGAUGUCAAAUCUAAGAAAGAGAACAGUCCAAUGUCUACAGAUAGUGAUUCAGACUCUAUGUCUAUUGCAGAUAUUAGAACCAAGAAACUUAAAAAGAAACCAGAAGUACCUGCGGAAGAUUCUGAUGCUUGUGACACCUCAAAGGUUAAAGCAAAAGAAGGACGGAAAGAACCAAGGAAAUCGUACAUAAAUUCUGAUAUUAAAUCCAAUAGAAAGGAAAACGCAACCUGCAGUGACUCUGAGUCCGACAAAGAGUCUGAUUUCGAUAGUAGUCAAACCUCUCAAAGUAACCGGACCAAGAAAAGAAAAAGACGCAAAGACUUAGACUCAACACUGUCAGAUGUGGAAGUCAAAUUGACUCAGAUAUUUACAGGAGAGUUUGAAACUGUCUCAGGGACUAAAAACAAAUCUGCCGAAAAUUCUUUGAAAAAAAGACGAGUUGAAGUGACUUCCGAUGAAAAUUGUUCAACAGAUAAGAUUUCUGCUGAUUCAAAAGCUCACGGAAAAGUUGCUUCUGCAGCUGAAAUUUCCCCUGCAAAAAAGUUUAGCCAUGAGUCAGAUUCAAAACCCAAGGAAGAUGAAGAAUUUCGACUGCAAUUAGAAGAUACUUCCGAGGACACUCUGUCAGAAGCUUGCGACACCAGAUCAGUGGUAGCUGCCCUGUCAACCUCAUGUACGAAGGAAAACAGAGUUCGCCAAAGCACUCCUCAAAAAAACCGGCCCAAAUCUAAGACAGAAGAAAGCAGCGCUAAAAAACAAAAUGUUCUUCAUGAUGUUUUAUCGAGUAAAAACAUUCAGGACAUUUUACAUGAAUCUUUCUCUGAGUUUGACGAGAAUGGUGAAGAGCUUGAGGAUAUUGAAACCUAGAUUUAUUUCACUUCUAUUUACAACCAGUUUUUUGCCAAACUAGUCGAAGUGUAAUAAUUAGCUACAUACUUGGUUAAAAUCACAUCAACUCAUAAUUUUCUCGUAUUUUUGUCUAUUUUUCCCUCUUACCGUACCCAAUAAAUGUCAAUUUCUUGUAAGUACUUUCAAGAGUCUACAUCUUUUAUUUUUAUUGUUUAUUCAGAGAUUAAGAAUUCUCUCCCAGUGUCUUUAAAUAUUAACCGUAUCUUUUUCUUUAUUUAUUCUUAAAUUCAAUAAUAGCAUCUUUAUUGCUCUAUAUUUAAUCUUAUUCCUUGAAGUUUAUUUUCAAAUCUAUAAAAUUUUCUCAGUCGCAAGUUUUCCCUCUCUUGAACAUUUUCAAUUUAUAACCAACAUUUAUCCUUAUUUUAGUAUCCAUUAUUUCUCGUACAGAGCAUGCUUGCUAAACAUCCUUGCUUGGUUGAUAAGCAAUGAGCAGCUUUUCACUUUUAAUUUUAGAUUAAGCUAGAUUCAUGAAGGAAACACUUGCUUUGAUUAUUUGCAUAUUGUUUAUUUUAAGUAAGAUUUGGAGUGUUUAUCAACGGUGGUUUAAAUUGCUCUUAGCAUUCAGAUCGCCCCACAGAGGAAAAGCUUUAUAAGAAACUCUCGUGAGCUAUCGGUCGAAGUUUUGGUAAAAAAUAGUCUUUAUUGUUCAUGGUCGACUUUCAUUUUCACGUUGGGAAUUUUUUGUCCUCUACUCUCAUUUCAAAGUUUGAACCAGCAUCAAAGGUCGUUUUUGGACUCUAAUUUCACAAAGUAACUCCAAGUGAAUCUAAAAAUUAAACAAAUUGAUUCUAUCAUAUAAAUAUAUUUUCAUCAGAUGCCCUCAUGUUGUUAGGUUGUUAAAUAGAAAUCAUGACCGUUAGGUUAAAUCAUUGAAAUGGCUUUUUGCCUUCAGAUAUUUUGCAAGUGUAAUACAUUGUACCAAUAAUUGUAAUCACCUGGAACUCAGAGUAGAUCUCUUUACCUGUAAAUUUAUAAGUUUUCCUUUUUGAUUAAGAAUUUGUAUUUUAUUAUGUAUAUGUAUGUAAAUUUCAUGAGCUUCAAGAGAGAUGUUCUUUCAUUUCUGAGACCUUUCCCGAUAUGAUAAGUUUUUCUUUGAUUAUUUCUCAUCACAAUGAUAUUAAAAUGAGUUCUUGUUUUUUUUAUUACUUUUAAGGUUAUUAUUUCAGGAUUUUUAAAGUUUCUUACCAACCUGCGUUCAUUACAAGCGGAAAGACAUUGCUACAACUUUAUUUUUGAAAUCUUGCUGUAAGGACGUUUUUGUGUCCAUUUUGCUGGGCAAGUUGAAGAGAAAUUUCAAAAGUAAUAUCGCUGUUCAUAUACCAAUUUUGCACAUUUUACUCAGAAAACUGGAGGAUUGGUUUCAGAGCAAAACACAAAAAUAGGGUAACCAAGGCUGAGGUAAAAUAGAUGACAUUAUGCCUUGGAUUUUUUAAGGAUAGCAUCGGCCCCUAUUUCAACCAGGAUACUUAAAAUAAUGGAAUAAAAGAGACGAAAAUCAAAACUUGAAUUUAUCAGAAACCUUGAUUCUGGGUUUUAUUUUAAGUUACUUCUGUUACAUUAUUUUCAGUUUUCUAGUCUUCGAAAGGAUGGCACCAUCCUUAACAUUCCAGGCAUAUUGUUAUUUGUUAUGCCUCUUCUGUAACUACUCACAUUUUUUGGUUUUGUUGAGCUUUCAAGCUAUUUUGCAAUAUGCUUUCAGUUUUUUUAUUACUAACUUAGAGGCGAAUAAUCAAGACAGAUUUUUUCUCUCUCUUCUUCUGAGUGUAUCCCUGGUCUUUAAUCUUCUUCAUCUCGUUUUUUUUUUAAGUUAGAGAGAGUCCUCUAGUGAAAUGCAACAUUCUCACCAGAACGAUGAUUGUUAAAUUUUAGUAAGGGAAGAGCUGGAAAUUGUAUAUUGAUGCACCUUUUAAAAAUCCAUACCAUAGAAAUCCUUCAUCUUGCCAAGGAAAAAAUUUGCCAGCAGUACUUUCUUGUAAAGCAAUCGACAAUAAGGGUAGAGAAUUUCAUCCAGCAAUGUACAAUUCCAUGGGUGGAUCUUUGUACGUAGCAUGGGCAAUGCGAAGGUUAGAUAAACGGAGCAAUGUGUUUUCUAACGUUUGAGCAAUUAAAAACUAAAUUAUUCUUUGUAAAAUGUUUUAUUUGAGUCAGUAUCAUGCCCUGAAAAUGUAACAUUAGCUAGCUGUAAUUAAAGUUAAAACCAAAUGCUGCAUGUUACCUUACGUGUUAUCUUGUCUGCAAAUUAAUAGAUUUUGAAAUCUUUUGAUUUUGAUAAUGUUAUUACUAGUUCGAUUAUUUACAUCAGUAAGAGUUCAGUAAAAUCACCGGAAUUGUAUCAAGAGUACACUCAAAUGUAAAAGGAGUUACUCAAAGCCUCCUAGCACUUUAACUUUGUGAAAAUAAACUAAUGGAGUGAAUAACAUAUAAUUUUCCCUACACAUCAAAAGUGUUUGAUUGGUUUUUUUUUUUUUUUUUUUUUUUUUUUUUUUUUUUUUUUUUUUUUGGCUCAGAAAAUAUUAUUAAUUGCUUUUACUUUGAAUGACUUAUCUUUCAAUCUCUUGUACUACAUUUCUUACAACUUGUUUAUUUGCUUCACUUUUCAAUGUUGUAAUUUUUUAUUGCUCCCACUUUUUGAGCCCAUUCUUUUUAUUUCUUAUGUGAACUUUAUUUUGCUCCAACAAUUUUUUUUUUGAGAAAAUUAUAAGUUUUCAUCAGUUUUCGUUGCAUUUUGCUCAGUUUAAUCUAACAAAUAGACACUUUGGCCCAGCUUUGCAGUGAAAUAAGUUUAAGUAGGCAAUAACUCAGCUACCGCACAAAUAUAUAUACAUAAGUCUGUCGAUUUAAUUGUUAAUAAUGUUCGAUUCUUCCUCUGAAUUUUGCAUCAUAUUUAGGUUACUGCAGUACCUGUAAUUCAUUUAGUGUAAUUAUUAAGAGCAAGUUAAUUAUCUUAAAUAAGAUAGGCUCGUUAUCUCAAUCUCUCAAUUGUACUUAAAGCUUAGAACCUCGAUUUCUUAAUCAUAAAGUAUAACCAGACUUACAGCAAUGUAGCUCUUCCAUGCGUUAGAAAUUUACAGAUUAAAUUCUUUUUUUCUCUCUUUUUUUUUUAAGUAAAAUAAUCACUAGAAAAACGAUUGUGCAAAUGGUUUUAUCUGAAAUGAACUUUCUAGCUGUAAAAACAGCUCUUAAAAUUGAGACUGCAAGGGUAUCCAAUAUCCAUCGCGGCUACACUGAGAGUCCUCUGCUCUAUCUAGAACUGGGGGUAAAAAAGAAGAGACAAAUGUCACAUCCAAAAAUUGCACCAUUCAACAGAUAUUUACAUGCCAACCAAUGGGCCAACUGAUGAUUGAUGCAUCCAGACUGAUGUGACUUUUGUCUCUUCUUUUCUUUCUAGUCAAACUCUCAAUACACAGAUAGGGAGCAAAAUUAUUAGCAGGGCUGCCUUUUUGAGACUAUGAGGUUGGAACCAAAGCAACCCUGCCAAUGUAUUUGCUCCCUAUCAGUGCAUAAAGAGUUUGAAUAGACAUAGAGGUGGAAUCUCAGCGUAGCAAAGGGACAUCCUCCAUUAGGUAUGUUCUCUACUUUAAGAGAUUUCUUUGGGCUUGAGAGUCAGUUUCAGAGAAGAGCAGUGGUACCAUCGUGUUUCUAGCGAAAUAAAAUCGCAAAUCCCUAACGCUUAUGAGAGCCCCACUCCAGAACUUGAAUAAUGGAGUGUGACUGAUGGUCCUUUAAUUUUCGUCUAAAAAAUUCGCAAAACACAGCCUUGCUUAUGUCUGGUUUAUUUCAUUGAACUUCUUGGUUUGGUACAAACGUUGUGGCCAGCGAAGAAUUCUCUAACAUUUUUUUCCCUGUGUUAAAGAUGUCUGAUACUCCUGGAUUCUUAGGCCCUCUAAUUUAGUAUGUUAAGAAAGUUGAGGUAUAACUUCAUUUCAUUUCUGAAACCUAGCAAAAUUUUAAGAUUAUGUGCAGCAUUAUGUUUAGGGUAAGCAAUUUCAUGACAAUUAUACUUUGUUUUUCUGGAAAGAUUUUAGUUCAAAUUUAGUGUAAUUUUCUGUUAUUCAAGAAGGUAUUUCUGGAAUCUAGGAGGUUUGAAACAUACCUAAUAUUACCUCUAGAAUUAAUUGAUUUCACUACCUAGAGCUCUGGAUCUUCUUGGUGACACCUUUGUCUGCUCUUUGAGAUUUUGCUAUCGCUCUGAUCCCUCUUUGAAGGAAUAUUCUCCCAUCAGAGUGAAUGUAUGUAAUGUAUGUAUGUAAAUAUUUUUUAUCAAGGUGAAUAAAUGUAAAAGUUCUGUUUUUUCUUAAA